AUUAUUGGAAGUAAUGAGGGUCAAAUCAAAUAAUAACCGCAAAACCCUAAGGCCAAGCCACCGUAUAAACCAGCCAAACGCCCAAAGCACUGCGCCGCCGCCACGCGCCGUCACUUGCGUCUCCUCCUGCUGCUUCCAAGAUGUCGAAGCGAGGGCGUGGAGGUAGUGCUGGUAACAAGUUCCGGAUGUCACUGGGUCUACCAGUGGCAGCCACUGUGAACUGUGCUGAUAACACUGGAGCCAAGAACCUGUACAUCAUUUCUGUGAAGGGAAUCAAAGGUCGUCUUAACAGGCUUCCUUCUGCCUGUGUUGGGGACAUGGUUAUGGCUACUGUGAAGAAGGGAAAGCCUGACCUCAGGAAGAAGGUGAUGCCAGCUGUCAUUGUGAGGCAGCGCAAGCCAUGGCGCCGAAAGGAUGGUGUCUACAUGUACUUUGAAGAUAAUGCUGGAGUGAUUGUGAACCCUAAGGGAGAAAUGAAAGGUUCUGCCAUCACUGGACCUAUUGGAAAGGAGUGCGCUGAUCUGUGGCCUAGGAUUGCUAGUGCCGCAAAUGCGAUCGUCUAAUGGAAGCUUAAUAGCAUUUCCUUGUGUUAAAACUUAAUGGGAGAGUUCUUAGCUAGUGGAGAAUUUGAUGGCCCUAAAGAAUUUCCCUGAAUGCUGUUUGUGCUGCUGGAUGUUUUCUCUACUAGCAUCGAAGACAUUCUCCCAGCAUCGAUAUGAACUUGUUGCUUAGCCUGACACUUGGCAGAGUUCAAACUUUAUGCUAGGUUUUU